AUGUCUGACAGCGAUGAUGAGCCCAUCACCCUCUCGGCACACGCCCUCGCGGCGCUCAAGUCGUUCGAAGCGGAGAGAGACGAGCACCAGGCAAAGUUCCAGCGGCUCAAGGACGAGGCGGAGAGCAACAGCCUGCUGUCCAUAGAUACGUUCCAAGAGGACUGGAAUGAGUCUCAGUUUUGGUAUUCAGAGGAAACUGCCAAUAUCCUGGCGACGGAACUGCUUAGAGAUGCGACAAGUGACAUGACCAUCGGCGUUGUCUCAGCGCCGAGUGUUUUCGUCGCGCUCAGAAAUCUCCUGCGAGAUCGAAGUGAUGAUGAAAAGCCAAAGCUUGUCCUUUUGGAACACGACAACCGGUUUGGCGUGUUCCCCGAGUUUUUCUUUUAUGAUUUCCAACAGCCAGUCAAACUGCCAGCUGCCUUGACCGUGCGCUGGCUUCUCAAACCAAGCAGCGGCGGACCAUCACCCAAUCUCAUUGUCUGCACCGGAGAAAGAAUGGAGUCUCUGAUUCUCAAGCUAUACAAGGCACUGGGAGUGCAGACAACUGCCUUUGAGCCCAAGCAUACAAGAGGCCUCAGCAACGAGUUUUACUGCUACGCCAAUUUCGAAUGCCCAAAUUGGAAAUGGCGGUAA